AUGUCCGGCGGCCUGCCCCCUCGAAUCAUUAAGGAAACUCAAAAACUACUUCGGGAACCAUGCGAUGGAAUAACUGCAUUUCCAAGCGAAGAUAACGCAAGAUACUUCCUCGUCUCAAUCAAAGGACCUUCAGACAGUGCAUACGAUGGUGGCAUAUUCAACCUUGAAUUAUUCUUACCCGAGGAUUAUCCAAUGACGGCACCUAAAGUUAGGUUCACCACCAAACUCUAUCACCCGAAUGUGGACAAACUUGGCCGUAUUUGCCUUGAUAUAUUAAAAGAUAAAUGGAGCCCUGCCCUUCAAAUUAGAACGGUGUUGUUGUCCAUCCAAGCCCUUUUGAGUGCACCCAAUCCAGAUGAUCCGUUGGAUAACGAAGUCGCCACACAUUGGAAACAAAAUGAACCAGAAGCACUCGAGAAAGCCAUAAACCAAAACAAACCAGUCGAUGCUCGCCGCACAGACAACGGAGGAUGCUCGCCAGACAACGGAGAUCGACUCCUUCAGUUGUGUGCUGAUCAUGAACUGUUUCUGGCAAGUACGAACUUUCAACGUAAACGUUCGUUCCGCGUAACCUGGCGGCCGCCAACUACAAAUCAACCGUGGACCCAGUUGGACCACGUGGCCAUCAGUCACCGGUGGAGAGCCACAAUUCAAGACUGCCGUUCCUUCUGGGGCACACCACUUGAUUCCGAUCACGCCUUUCGUGACCCAAAGUGCCACAUGGAGGGGUUCUUGUGA